UUAAGCUUUCGAAAAGAAUGUAAAUCUUUUCAGCAAUCAUUAAUUGAAAAAAAAAAAUUGAACUUGGGUGAGUAGAAAGCUUGAAGGCACAAGCCGCCUUACGUUAUUUACUUUGUCUUUGGAAGCAAGCCACGAGCUUCAAUCCUUGAAGAGUUCUGUUGAUCAAGACAAAAGCUUCCUUUUUGGGUUCAUCUUCACAAGGAGAAAUGGCAAAGAGUUACUUCAAGCAAGAACAUGAUCUUGAGAAGAGGAGGGCAGAGGCUGCUAGGAUUAGGGAUAAAUACCCUGAUAGAAUCCCGGUGAUUGUGGAGAAGGUGGAGAGAAGUGAUAUACCAAACAUAGACAAGAAAAAGUACCUUGUCCCAGCUGACUUGACUGUUGGACAAUUUGUUUAUGUCAUCCGUAAGAGGAUCAAACUGAGUGCAGAAAAAGCAAUAUUCAUAUUUGUGGACAAUGUCCUCCCACCGACUGGUGCCAUUAUGUGUGCCAUAUAUGAGGAGAAGAAGGAUGAAGAUGGAUUUCUUUAUGUUACUUACAGUGGGGAGAACACAUUUGGGCAUCCGAGUUCUCAGUAGCCUUUGAUAGAUUCAUUGGGACGUUUGCUUUUAUCCUUUCCUCGUUCCACCAUUCCAUAUGUUAUCUCUAUAAUCACCAUUUCCAUUGCCUUGUGCUGGUAAUUGGGUUAUUGCUAAUAUUUAAAGACCUGCUAAUGAUAUAGUGUACAGUUGCAUAUUGUAUAUAACUUUCAAGAUUUCCGCACAAUGUUAAAAGUUCCUUUUAAUCUUUUAUCA